AUGGAGACUUUAGCUCAACUGGAAGCAUUGUGUGAGAGGCUUUAUAACUCACAGGAUUCUGUUGAGCGAGCACACGCUGAAAGCACUCUGAAAUGUUUUUCCUCAAAUGCUGACUACAUUUCGCAGUGCCAAUAUGUUCUCGAUAAUGCAUCCUCUCCAUAUGCAUUGAUGUUGGCUAGUUCAAGCUUGUUGAAGCAAGUCACAGAGCAAAGCCUUCCUUUACAGCUCCGGAUUGAUAUUCGAAACUAUCUCUUAAACUAUCUGGCGAGUAAAGGACCUGAAUUGGAGCCCUUUGUCCUUGGAUCGUUGAUCCAACUUUUAUCUCGUAUUACAAAGUUUGGGUGGCUAGAUGAUGAAAGAUUCCGGGAGGUUGUUAAAGAGGCAACAGACUUCUUGAGUCAGACACAAUAUCAUUAUGCUAUAGGUUUGAAGAUAUUGAAUCAGAUUGUUUCCGAGAUAAAUCAGCAUACUGUUGGGUUACAUGCUACUCGUCAACGUAGGAUUGCAAUCUCUUUUAGGGAUCAAUCCCUUUUAUUGAUAUUCCAGAUAUCGUUAACUUCUCUCUUCAAGUUAAAAGCGGAUGUUGGGAGCAAGUUGCAGGAACUGUCUCUGAUGCUUUCCCUCAGUUGCUUAUCAUUUGAUUUUAUGGGGACAUCAUAUGAUGAAAGCUCAGAUGAGAUUGGUACUAAUCAGGUUCCAUUAACUUGGAAACCUGUCCUUGAGGAUCCUUCAACAUUGCAGAUAUUUUUUGACUUUUAUACAAUGAAUCAACCAUUUUCGAAAGAGGCAUUGGAAUGCUUGUUGCGUCUUGCUUCUACUAGACGAUCUUUGUUUUCUGAUGAUACUGCCCGAUUGAAGUUUUUAUCACAGUUAAUGCUGGGCACCAAAGAAAUUUUGCAAACUGGAAUAGGUCUUGCUGAUCAUGAUAACUAUCAUGCAUUUUGUCGGCUUCUUGGCCGCUUUAAAGUAAAUUAUCAGGUAAGUCAAAUGCUCUUAUUGAUUCUUCCUGUAAUUGUAGACAUGGUUUCAUGGUUUUUUUCCUAA